UUCUUGACUUCAACUUCUUCGUGUUCAUCAAGAAAGAAAUCUGCUACAAGAACAAGUGGUGAAACAUCCGAGGGAGAUGGCGAUGAGGUCUGUCGUGAGGCGUGUUUCUCCCAAUCGUCUAAUUGAGGGAACUGGGAGGUUUGUUCCUCGUUACUUCAGUGAAACCACCAAGGGUCGGGUUCUCAGCGAAGAAGAACGAGCAGCCGAGAACGUCUACGUUCAGAAAAUGGAGAGGGAGAAGAUGGAGAAAUUGAAGCUCAAGAAAGAGAAAGAAAAGGCUGCUGCAGAGAAGGAGCAAGCUGAGAAGAAACUUGAAGAAGGUCCCCACAAAGGUUGACACGGUGGCCACCAUUUACUAUAAAGUUCCUGAGCUCUUGCCUUGUAAUUUACUGAGRAGGAAUAAAUGUAGAUGACUUGCAUUAUUCUUGACGGGGGUUGGCCUAUUUAUAGAAUGUGAUGGUAAUUGUCAGUGAUGACUGUAAUUUAAUUUGUGGAUGUGGAUGAGUUCCCCUUAAGCAUGGAAUGGCUUUUAACAUAAUGUUAAAAUAAGUAUUAUCUGAUGGUUCCUGCAUGAUAACAUUACUUUUUUUUUA